AUGUUUGCGGUACUGUUGGCGCUUGCGGCGACAGCCGCAGCGCUGCUCUACUAUUACGCCAGUCGCAGCUUCCGCUACUGGACUGACCGUGGCAUCCCGCAGCUCGAGCCAACGCUACCGUUCGGCAACAUGCGGGGCAUGGGCAAGGAGUUCAGCUUUAACGAGCUGCUCGAUCGCGCCUACCGGCGUUUCCGCGACCAAUCGCCGGUAGCCGGACUCUACUUUCUCACCAACCCGGUGCUGAUCGUGAACGAUCUCGAUGUGGCGAAGCAGGUGCUGGUGAAAGACUUCGGCAGCUUCCACGAUCGCGGGCUGUACGUGAACGAGCGGGACGAUCCGCUGUCGGGCCAUCUGUUCUCGAUCGCGGGCGAACGGUGGCGCUAUCUGCGCCACAAGCUCAGCCCAACGUUCACGUCCGGCAAGAUUAAGGCCAUGUUCGGGACGAUCCGCACGAUUGGCGUAGAGUUUUUGGCCGGCGCUGAGCAGUACAUCGACCGCGGCGUGCCGAUCGACAUCAAGAAGCUGAGCCAGUGCUUCACCUGCGACGUGGUGGGCUCAUGUGCCUUCGGCUUGGAGUGUAACGCGCUCAAGAAUGGCAACGCGAAGUUGCUCGAGGUUGGCAACAAGGUGUUCCGCCAGACACCGCUGCGCAUGAUGUACUCGAUGGUUCUGUCGGUACUUCCGCGCCUUUCGCGUGCCCUACGCCUUCCACUGUUCCCGCGGGACGUGUCCUCGUACUUUAUAGGCGUGGUGAGCGAAACGGUGGCGCACCGUGAGCAACACGGCGUCGAACGGUCCGACUUCCUGAACCUGCUGAUUCAGCUGAAAAACCGAGGCACGGUGGAGGACGGCGGUGACCACGCCACCGAGAAACUCACCCUGGACGAAGUGUCCGCCCAGGCGUUUGUGUUUUUCUUCGCCGGCUUCGAAACGUCAUCGACCACACUCUCGUUCGCGCUCUUUCUGCUCGCCAGCCACCCGGAAGUGCAGGAGCGAUGCCGGAAGGAGAUUCUGGAAAAGCUGGCUCACGGCACCGACGAAGGGUUGAUCACGUACGAGGCACUCAAAGAGAUGACGUACGUCGACCAGGUGAUCAAUGAGACGCUGCGCAUCUAUCCGCCGGUCGGGCAAUUGAUGCGUUCCGUAACGCAGACGGUCCACCUCGAGGCAGCCAACUUGACGCUCAAGAAGGGUGACAUGGUGUUGAUACCGAUCUACUCGUACCACCACGAUCCGGACCUGUUUCCCGAGCCGGAGUGCUUUCGGCCGGAGCGAUUCGCACCGGAAGCUGCCGAGGGUCGCCAUCCGCUUGCGUUCCUGCCGUUCGGCGAAGGUCCGCGCAACUGCAUCGGGAUGCGAUUCGGGCUGCUGGAGGCAAAGUUCGGGGUCGUGCAGCUGCUCAGCCGGCUACGCUUCACCGUCGAUCCGCGCACUGAAGUCCCGCUGCGGUUGGCCAAAAACACCGGAUUCCUCCAGGUGGACGGCGGCAUUUGGUUGAAUGCCACCAGGGCAUUAUUUACAGAUCAGUGGCCCAGACGCGGCUGUGUUGCGAUGGAUUACGUCAGUGUGCUGCUAUACCUGGUGCUGCCCGUUCUGGGUCUGGCGUACUACUACACCCGGCAGCUGUACCGCUACUGGGACCAGAGAGGGAUCCCGCAGCUGGAGGCAUCGUUUCCGUUGGGCAACAUGAAGAACGUUGGCCGGACGCUACACUUCAACGACGUGCUGCAGUUGGCCUACGAUAUGGGCAAGUCGUUGUCCAGACCGUUCGCCGGGAUGUACUUUAUGCUCAAGCCCGUGCUGAUCGUGACGGACCUGGACAUGGUGAAGUGCAUGCUGGUGAAGGACUUCAACAGCUUCCACGAUCGCGGGUUGUACGUGAACGAGCGGGAUGAUCCGCUGUCGGGCCAUUUGUUUGCGAUCGACGGCGAGCGAUGGCGAUACUUGCGCAAUAAGCUUAGCCCCACGUUCACGUCCGGCAAGAUCAAGGCCAUGUUCACCACGAUAUGUGAGAUAGGUGAUGAGUUUUUGACGUCCGUCACAAAGUACGUCGAUCGCGGUGAGCCCAUCAACAUGAAGCUGCUCUGCCAGUGCUUCACCUGCGACGUGGUGGGUUCGUGUGCCUUCGGACUGCAGUGUAACUCGUUGAAGAACGAAGGCUCGAAGCUACUCACGAUUGGCGAUGAAGUGUUCAAACCGCCGGUCUGGCGCAACAUGUACAUCUUCCUGCUGAUAACAUUCAAAGAGUGGGGUCGCAAGCUGCGCCUGCGUGUCUUACCGUCCAGCGUGUCAUCCUACUUUAUCAGUCUGGUGCGAGAAACGGUGGAGCACCGCGAGAAGAACCUUAUCGAGCGGCCCGACUUUCUCAAUAUGUUGAUCCAGCUGAAGAACAAGGGAACCGUGGAGGAGGGCGAGGCCGAUGGACCCCAGGACAAGCUAACACUCGAUGAAGUGGCCGCUCAGGCGUUCGUGUUUUUCUUUGCCGGUUUCGAAACGUCAUCGACCACGCUCUCGUUCGCGCUGUACGAGCUGGCCAACAACCGCGACAUCCAGGAGCGGGUGCGCGAGGAAGUGCUCGACAAGCUGCGGCUCCACGGCAACAAGAUCACGUACGAGGCGCUCAAGGAAAUGACGUACCUCGAUCAGGUCAUCAACGAGACGCUUCGAAUGUACCCACCGGUACCGCAGCUGAUUCGCGUCUCGACCAAGCCGUACCACGUGGAAACGGAGAAGUUUACGCUCGAGAAGGACUGCAUGCUGAUGGUGCCCAUCUACUCGAUACACUACGAUCCCGCGCACUACCCGAAUCCGGAACGGUUUGAUCCGGACCGUUUCGCGCCGGAAGCGGUUCAGGCGCGCCAUACCCACGCAUUCCUACCGUUCGGCGAUGGGCCCCGCAACUGCAUAGGAAUGCGGUUUGGGCUGCUGGAGGUCAAGUUCGGUAUCGUGCAGCUGGUGAGCCGACUGCGGUUCACGGUCAGCUCACGGAUGCAGCUUCCGAUGCGCAUGUCUAAAACGGCCGGCAUACUGGAGGCGGAAGGCGGCAUCUGGUUGGAUGCCACCAAGUUGUGA